CUUCAAUGAAUAUCACUUGACGUGAAUUACUUUUCUCGUGAUAAUUUAAUUCGAAAAAAAAAUUAUCCGUUCGAGAAAAUGUAGUUUAAAUCCAUUAUAAUGUUUUGCCCGACCGAGUAUUUGAAUUGACGUCAUAGCAGUUGUAGUCCCGAUCACGCUGGAAGCAAUCAUCUCACUGAGAGAAAUGAAAAAGGUUUAUCCAAUUUUCCGGUUGUUGGGGCUCGUGAUGACACGCUGCAGCGCCACCGUAUACCUACGUAAUUAUAUGACUAAUUCAAACUGGUUCGUAAAGCAGAAGAGAGGUGGGUGUCUAAGUGUCUUGCACGAAUACCGUUAUAUAUGUACGCGCGGUUCUGUAGGUAUACUCAUCUCAAUGUCAGUGCGUAAGGUCGUUGAUCUGGACGUGUAGAGGAGGUAGGUAGUCCGUUGUUCGUAACCUAUACCCAGGAACGCGUAUAUUUUAUAUUAUAUUGUACGUACGAUUAACCGAUACUGAAUAGUAUCUUAUUGGUAUCGUCAUCGUUAAAUUAAUUAUUUCAUUUCUGAAGUGACAAUAACGCGACCGCGUGAGUCUAUUGUGUUCACUUUGAUUCGCGAAUCACUCUAAUGUUCCCGCGUUAUUGAUGUAGUGUAAUAUAAUUAUGAAUAUGUAUAUUAUAAUCAUCGCAUGAGCCGUCAAUCGCCGUUGCAUUUUUGUUGACAUAUUAUCAAGUGAGUUAUGGCUUGAAAUCGCAAAAGAAACGUUUCAUUGCAUACAACGAAACUCUAACUGGAAAACAUUUUGAUUAGUUGUUGUGAUACUAUGCGGUACUUAUGAGUGGCGUGGAAGCUAUACCCAUCGGAGCGCUUGCAGGGGCCGCGUCGCAAGUGGCAUGGUUCCUGCCCGUUUUGGUCGCGACUAUUGCUUAUUUCCAUUACGAGGUAAAUGAUCCUGAGUCAAGGAUUAUAGACCAGCCCGGAAAUUUAUUACUCGACCAAUAUGAUUUUAUAAUAGUCGGCGCCGGAUCGGCAGGUGCGGUGCUGGCGAAUAGGUUGACCGAAGUUGAAGAUUGGAGUGUAUUAUUAAUAGAAGCUGGUGGAGAUGAAACUGAAAUAUCCGAUGUACCUUUGUUGGCUGCCUAUUUGCAACUCACUCAGCUCGAUUGGCAAUAUAAAGCCGAACCUCAGAAUACAGCAUGUUUGGCUAUGAAAGACCAACGUUGCAAUUGGCCUCGGGGCAAAGUCUUAGGUGGGUCCAGCGUGUUGAACUAUAUGAUGUAUGUGCGCGGAAAUCAUAUGGACUACGACAACUGGCUGAAACAAGGCAAUCCGGGUUGGGGGUACGACGACGUACUGUACUAUUUUAAAAAGUCAGAAGACAACAGAAAUCCGUAUCUAGCACGCACCCCUUACCACUCGAUGGGCGGUUAUCUGACGGUGUCCGAAGCGCCGUACAAAACGCCUUUGGCCGACGCAUUCGUGAGGGCCGGCCAAGAGAUGGGCUACGACAUCCGCGACAUAAACGGCGAACAGCAGACUGGUUUCAUGAUACCUCAAGGGACCAUCAGGAGGGGAGCCAGAUGUAGUACGUCAAAGGCUUUCCUGAGACCGGCCAGGUUGCGGAAGAAUCUCCACGUGUCCAUCAACAGCCACGCGACGCGCGUGGCAAUCGAUCCUGAAACGAAAGUCGCGUACGGCGUCGAAAUGAUCAAAGGCAACGAGCGGCAUUUCAUCCGGGCCAACAAAGAGGUGUUGCUGUCGGCGGGUUCCAUCAGUUCUGCACAGCUGCUCAUGCUCUCGGGCGUAGGACCUAAGAACCAUCUGACGGAAAUGGGCAUACCUGUACUAGCCGAUUUGGACGUCGGCAAAAAUCUUCAAGACCACGUCGGACUUGGCGGCCUCGCGUUUCUCAUCAACAAAGAGGUGUCGCUAACGCAAGAGAGAGUAGAAAACGUUCAAACAGUAUUAAACUAUGCUACAAUGGGUGACGGGCCGUUGACGGUCAUGGGCGGUGUCGAGGGAUUGGCGUUCAUCAACACAAAGUAUGCUAAUCAUUCAGUCGACACACCAGACAUCGAAUUACACUUCGUGUCUGGUUCCACCAACUCUGAUGGCGGUGUACAACUGUGGAAAGCACACGGGUUGAAAGAAGAGUUUUACAAAUCUGUUUAUGAACCGAUUAACAACAAAGACGUAUGGUCUGCCAUACCUAUGUUGCUAAGGCCCAAGAGUCGGGGUGAAAUACUGUUACGAAGCACCGAUCCGUCCAUGUAUCCUAGGAUUCUACCCAACUAUCUGACGGUUCAGGAGGACGUGGACACGCUGGUGGAGGGUGUUAAGUUCGUGGUGGCCAUGUCCCAGACCACGCCGUUCCGCCGGUACGACAGCCGUCUGCAUGACAUACCGUUCCCUGGCUGUGCCACGAUACCGCGGUAUACGGACGCCUACUGGGAAUGUAUGGUUCGCCAUUACACGGUGACCAUAUACCAUCCAGUGGGUACCGCCAAGAUGGGGCCCGAAUGGGAUAAGACCGCAGUGGUGGACCCGCGGCUCCGGGUUUACGGUAUCCACGGGCUCCGGGUGGUGGAUGCGUCCAUCAUGCCCACGCUGGUCAGUGCUAACACCAACGCUCCGGUCAUAAUGAUUGCCGAGAAGGCCGCAGACAUGAUCAAAGAGAAAUGGCUAGGCAGGAAACGGUGACAAGCGACGACUGAGAGACUGUGAUUGCGACUUGAGCGUGAAAGUCUACUGCAAUAUUGUUUUUUUCCAGGUCUUAUAAUAAUUUAUUAUUAUCGCGAUGGUUUCUUUCUUUCUUCUGUAUUUUUUUUUCGUUAUACUAUUGGCGGUGUAGUUUAAAGACAUUAUUGUCAUCCUGACCUGUGAAAAAUACGUUAUUUAUUUAUUUAUUCUAUAUACCUAUGUUAUAAUAAUAGACAUAUGAAUUUAUGUAAAAAAAUAUUAUUUUAACAUUUUGACAUUUCGAAAUUAUUUGUGUUCAUGAUAUUAUUUUUAAAUUAUAUAUAAAUAUAAUUAUAAUGUCUGCAAAUGUAGAAUUGUUCUGAA